AUGUAUUAUUUUAAAAAUAUAUUGUUGAUUACCGUUUCGAUAUUGGUUGUUUGCACUGCACAACAAUGUGGUUUCAACCAACAAUAUCAAGUUGGUUCUGCAACUUACUAUUAUGGUUAUGAAACUGGUGCUUGUUCAUUUGGUGAUCUUUUUGGAAAGACUGCACCUGGUACUCCGUAUAUUGCCGCGCUUUCAGAGUCGUUUUUUGAUGGAGCAAAGAUGUGUGGCGUUUGCUUUGAAAUCACAUCGCCUUACACCAAUAAAACAAUCACUGUCUAUUCAACGGAUCUAUGUCCAUCGGGAGGAGUUUGUAGUCGCCCCUACCACUUUGAUCUUUCUUAUGACGCAUUUACCCAACUUGGCGAGGCUUCGCUUGGUGAGCUUGAGAAUCUAAAGUGGCGUCAAGUUGCUUGUGGAAAUAUGCCAUCGAUGGGUAUUAAAUUGAAGGAUGGAAGCAACCCUUCCUGGGUGGCAUACCUAGUUUACAACAGUAUUGUCCAGAUUCUCUCGGUGGAAGUUCAGUUGUUUGGUCAAUCAAACUGGAUCAUGUUGCAACGUGAAAGUUACAAUUAUUGGGUCGAUUCGAACGACCACACUGCUGGUCCAUACAAAGUCCGAGUGACAUCGAUUCUCAAUGAAAAGAUCGUCAUAGACAUCAAAGAGAUUGUAGCAGAGAAAGUAAUCUCUUCCUACCAGCAGUUCCAGGCUCCAGGUUGUGCAGCUGCCGAAUUGAAUAUCGAAGCUAGUGGCUCUACUUCAAUUACCCUCAGGGGAAUCACCAACAUUGUAUUCCUACUUUUAUUAUCAACUUUAAUUUCCAUGCUAAUUUAA